CUGCGAUUUUCCCGGAAAAGGGGUCAUGUCGUCGGGGACAUAGUCACUCAAGGUGGAGAACACAGAACAAGAUGGAGUCGGCCGGCUUAGGCCCGCCCUUUCAAUCCUGUUUUUUAUUCUGGUGUUCAUGAAAAAAAUGCACAAAAUCCUGACUGACCGGAAUAAUUCAUGAAGAAGGGGCUGGAUCCGUGGGUCAGAGAACACAGGACCAGUUUGCCAUCCCAAGGCCGAAGGCCUCCCUCCAACACAGUCCUUCAGGCUCUCAGAAAUCUCUGACACAUCUCAACCAUGAGACCAUGGCUGACUUUGGGCAGGAUUCAAGGCACAAACCUGGCAGCCUCUAACUAGUUCGUGGUGGAGCCUCAAGAGAUACUGGCCAGGCAAGCUCUCCCUUCCAGAGGGAAGAGCAGAGCAUGAGAGGAAGGCCAAGUAGCAGAAGUGGACAUGAACGCUGGUUUCCAAAGAGAACAGUGUUUUAGUUUUGGUCAUCGAAAGUGGUGCCUUCAGCACAGAAGAGCGUGAAUUCCCCUCUGCGGCCACUGAUCUCCAACACGGGACCAGAGGGGAGCAGGGGCCGGCCGGAGCUGCCCGAGGCACCCAGCGUGGCUUGUCUAGUGCGGGGACCAGGGAUGAUCGGGCCGUGCACACAGAUGUCUCCAGCCUCCAACCGUUCGCAUAGCACACAGGGGACUCGUGGGUGGCCAUUUGCCACUGCCAACUGAAACACUAGGAUGGCAACGUUGACAUCCUUCAUGACGUUUCCAGGACAGACAUUCAGGCAGAAAGUGCUGGCGCAUUUUCUGUCUUCGAAGUAGAGGGCCAUGCCUCACCAGUGUGAAUAGUUUGGGCCCCGAUGACCUCCUCCGAGUCCGCUCGCAGCCAGUGACACUCGCAAAAAAAGUAAAAUAAACAAAAAACAAAACUCCCAAAGCCCAUCUUGGGUUUGGCUUCCGGCAGCUCUUGACCAAUGUGGCCAAAGCCAGACGCCUCCUUGGGACACUUGGAUUAUUCCUAAAUGCAGCCUGCCCCGACCCUCCCUGAAUAGCAUCUGAAGUCUCUGUGGAGGUCAUGGAUCCUGAACAAAGUGUCAAGGGCACCAAGAAGGCUGAGGGAAGUCCCCGGAAGCGGCUGACCAAAGGAGAGGCCGUGCAGGCCAGUGUUUCGUCCAGUGCCCCGUACCCAGGCAGCGGCACGACUGCCACCCCAGAGGGCCCCCUCCAAGAGCUCCUCGCCCCGCAGCCCUUCCCGGGCCCCUCGUCGGUUCUUAGGGAAGGCUCUCAGGAGAAAACAGGCCCUAAGAGGUCCUCCAUUGAAACCUCCGUCCCCAUCUCGAAGCUUCCGCAGCACCCUCUGACACCAGCAUUCAUGUCGCCCGGCAAACCGGAGCAUCUCCUGGAGGGGUCCGCGUGGCAGCUGGUCGACCCCAUGAGACCUGGACCCUCAAGCUCCUUCGUGACCCCUGGGCUCCAUCCUCCAAGCCAGCUCCUGCCUUCCCACGCUUCCAUCAUCCCCCCCGAGGACCUGCCUGGCAUCCCCAAAGUCUUUGUGCCCCGUCCCUCCCAGGUCACCUUGAAGCCCCCAGAAGAGGCGCCCAAGAAGGAGAGGAAGCCGCAGAAGCCCGGCAAGUACAUAUGCCAGUACUGUAGCCGGCCCUGCGCCAAGCCCAGCGUGCUCCAGAAACACAUCCGCUCGCACACGGGCGAGAGGCCCUACCCCUGCGGCCCCUGCGGCUUCUCCUUCAAGACCAAGAGUAACCUGUACAAGCACAGGAAGUCCCACGCCCACCGCAUCAAAGCCGGCCUGGCCUCCGGGGUGGGCGGCGAGAUGUACCCCCCGGGGCUGGAGAUGGAGAGGAUCCCGGGGGAGGAGUUCGAGGAGCCCACCGAGGGGGAAAGCACAGACUCAGAAGAGGAAACAGGCACCACGUCUGCCCACCCCACAGAGCUCUCCCCCAGGCCCAAGCACCCCCUCCUGUCCAGUGGCUUGUACAGCUCUGGGAGCCAGGGCUCCAGUCACGACCGCUGUUCCUUGUCCCAGUCCAGCUCAGCCCCGUCGCUCGAGGACCCCACCCCGUUCUCGGAACCCUCCUCCGAACACCCCCUGAGCCAGAAACCCGAAGACACCCACACGAUAAAGCAGAAGCUGGCCCUCCGCUUGAGUGAGAGGAAAAAGGUGAUGGACGAGCAGGCGUUUCUGAGCCCGGGCAGCAAAGGAAGCACGGAGUCUGGAUAUUUCUCCCGCUCUGAGAGCGCCGAGCAGCAGGUCAGCCCCCCGAACACCAACGCCAGGUCCUAUGCCGAGAUCAUCUUCGGCAAGUGCGGGCGGAUCGGGCAGCGGACCGCCAUGCUGACAGCCACGUCCACGCAGCCCCUCCUGCCGCUGUCCACCGAAGACAAGCCCAGCCUGGUGCCUUUGUCUGUGCCCCGGACGCAGGUCAUAGAGCACAUCACCAAGCUCAUCACCAUCAACGAGGCCGUGGUGGACACCAGCGAGAUAGACAGCGUGAAGCCGAGGAGGAGCUCGCUGUCCAGGCGCAGCAGCAUGGAGUCCCCCAAGUCCAGCCUCUACCGGGAGCCCCUGUCAUCCCACGGCGAGAAAACGACGAAGCCCGAACAAUCACUGCUGAGCCUCCAGCACCCGCCCAGCACCACCCCCCCUGUGCCUCUGCUGAGAAGCCACUCAAUGCCUUCCGCCACCUGCACCCUCAGUACCCCCCAUCACACCUUCCGAGGUAGCUACUCGUUCGACGACCACGUCACCGAGUCCGAAGCCCUGAGCCGCAGCACUCAAGUGCUUACCUCCCACCCCCGGAUGCUCAAGCGCCAGCCGGCCAUCGAACUACCUUUGGGAGGGGAGUACAGUUCCGAGGAGGCCGGGCCCAGUAGCAAAGACACAGCCUCCAAACCCGCGGACGAGCCGGAACCCAAGGAAAGUGACCUCACCAAAAAGACCAAGAAGGGCUUGAAAACGAAAGGGGUGAUCUAUGAAUGUAACAUAUGCGGUGCUCGGUACAAGAAAAGGGACAAUUACGAAGCCCACAGGAAGUACUACUGCUCGGAGCUGCAGAUCACAAAGCCCGUCUCUGCAGGUGCUCACGUGUCCCCAGAAGCCGAAAAGAGUCAGGCUGAGCACGAGCCCUGGUCCCAGAUGAUGCAUUACAAGCUGGGGACCACCUUGGAGCUCACUCCGCUGAGGAAGAGGAGGAAGGAGAAGAGCCUCGGGGAUGAGGAAGAGCCGCCUGCCUUUGAGACGACUAAAAGUCAGUUUGGCAGCCCCGGGCCGUCCGAUGCUGCUCGGAACCUUCCCCCGGAGUCCACCAAGUCACCAGCAGAACCGAGUAAGUCAGUGCCCUCCCUGGAGGGACCCGCGGGCUUCCCGCCGAGGACUCCCAAGCCAGGGCCUGGUCUCGAGUCGGGGAAGGAGAGGAGAACAACGUCCAAAGAAAUUUCCGUCAUCCAGCACACCAGCUCCUUCGAGAAGUCCGACUCCCUGGAGCAGCCCAGCGGCCUGGAAGGGGAAGACAAGCCCCCGGCCCCGUUCUCCUCGCCCCCGCCCGCCCCACACGGACGCUCCGCCCACUCCCUGCAGCCCAGGCUGGUCCGCCAGCCCAACAUCCAGGUCCCCGAGAUCCUGGUGACGGAGGAGCCCGACCGGCCAGACACGGAGCCUGAGCCACCUCCCAAGGAGCCCGAGAAGACAGAGGGAUUCCAGUGGCCCCAGCGCAGCCAGACGCUCGCCCAGCUCCCGGCAGAGAAGCUUCCCCCUAAGAAGAAGAGGCUGCGCCUGGCAGAGAUGGCCCAGUCAUCGGGGGAGUCCAGCUUCGAUUCCUCCGCGCCCCUGUCUCGCAGCCCCAGCCAGGAGAGCGGUGUCUCUCUGAGCGGGUCCAGCCGCUCCGCCUCCUUCGAGAGGGAUGACCACGGGAAAGCCGAGGCCCCCGGGCUCUCGUCCGACACGCGCCCCAAACCCUUGGGCACCCACAUGCUGACCGUCCCCAGCCACCACCCGCACGCCCGAGAGAUGCGGAGGUCAGCCUCAGAGCAGAGCCCCAACAUUUCCCACUCCGCCCACAUGACCGAGACACGCAGCAAAUCAUUCGACUACGGCAGCUUGUCCCUGACAGGCUCUUCGGCGCCGGCCCCAGCGGCUCCCGCUGCCCCGGCGGCCCCCACAGCCCCGCCAGAGAGAAGGAAAUGCUUUUUGGUGAGACAGGCCUCUCUGAGCAGGCCUCCAGAAACUGAGCCAGAGGCCGCCCCCAAGGGACGACAGGAGAGCGAGGAACCAAAGCCCUCAUGCAGUAAGCCUUCCGCCAAAAGCUCACUGCCCCAGAUUUCCUCAGCAGCCACCUCGCACAGCGGGCACCCGGGAGGCAAGAGCCAGGGGCAGGACAGACCCCAGCUGGGGUCCACUCCGCCCUACACAGAAGCUCUGCAGGCGUUCCACCACCCCGUUGCCCAGCUCCCCCUGCAUGAGAAACCCUACCUGCCCCCACCCGUCUCCCUUUUCUCCUUCCAGCCCCUCUUGCAGCACGAGCCAGGACAGUCUUCAGAAUUCUUCUCCACCCAGGCCAUGUCCAGCCUCCUCUCCGCCCCGUACUCCAUGCCACCGCUUCCUCCCUCCUUAUUUCAAGCCCCGCCACUUCCCCUCCAGCCCACCGUUCUGCACCCGGGCCAGCUCCACCUCCCCCAGCUCAUGCCUCACCCAGCCAGCCUCCCCUUCCGGCAGCCCCCUUCGUUUCUUCCCGUGCCGUACCCUGCCUCGUCGGCACUCUCUUCUGGGUUUUUCCUGCCUCUGCAAUCCCAGUUCUCGCUUCCGCUCCCCGGCGACGUGGAGAGCCAUCUGCCCCAGAUCAAAACCAGCCCGGCCCCGCUGGCAACGGGAACCGCCGGCCUCUCCCCCAGCACAGAGUACAGCAGCGAUGUCCAGCUGUCCCCCGUGGCUCCCCCGGCCAGCUGCUCGGCACCCACAUCAGCCCCCCCGCUGACCCUGCCCGCCUGCCCAGACACCAUGGUAUCCCUGGUUGUGCCCGUCCGCAUUCAGACCAACAUGCCGUCCUACGGGAGUGCCAUGUACACCACCCUGUCCCAGAUCCUGGUCACCCAGUCCCAGAGCAGCUCAACAACCGUGACUCUUCCCAAGUUUGAGGAGCCCCCGUGCAAAGGGACAACUGUGUGUGGGACGGAUGUGUACGAGGUCCGGCCUGGGUCGGCUGGGGUGAGCGAAGAGCAGAGCAGAGGUUUCCCGACUCCAUACUUGAGAGUGCCUGUGACAUUGCCCGAAAGAAAAGGCGCCUCCUUGUCCUCGGAGAGCGUCCUGACCCCAGAGGGGAGUUCUUCAACGGUUGGGGGGAGCAAACGUGUCCUUUCACCAGCUGGCAGCCUUGAACUUACCAUGGAAACCCAGCAGCAAAAAAGGGUGAAGGAAGAGGAGGCUUCCAAGGCAGAUGAAAAACUUGAGCUGGUAAAACCAUGCAGCGUGGUGCUCACCAGCACGGAGGACGGCAAGAGGCCGGAGAAAUCCCACUUGGGCAGCCAGGGCCAGGCCAGGAGGGAGCUAGAAACACUGUCCAGCCUAUCCUCAGAUCCGUCUGACCCAAAGGAAAUCAGUCCCCUUCCUCACUCCUCGUUGUCCCAUGUGACGGCCCCAGGCUCAGAGGCUUUGAAGGAAUAUGCCCAGCCAUCCGCUAAGCCUCACCGAAGAGGGCUGCCCUCACUGAGUGUGAAGAAAGAAGAUUCCAAGGAACAACCUGACCUCCCUCCACUGGCACCUUCCAGCUCGCUGCCUCUGUCAGAAACGUCCCCCAGACCAGCCAAGUCGCAAGAAGGUACGGACUCAAAGAAGGUACUGCAGUUCCCCAGCCUCCACACGACCACUAAUGUCAGUUGGUGCUAUUUAAACUACAUUAAGCCAAAUCACAUCCAGCAUGCAGAUAGGAGGUCCUCUGUUUACGCUGGUUGGUGCAUAAGUUUGUACAACCCCAACCUUCCGGGGGUUUCCACUAAAGCUGCUUUGUCCCUCCUGAGGUCUAAGCAGAAGGUGAGCAAAGAAACAUAUACCAUGGCCACAGCUCCGCAUCCUGAGACAGGAAGGCUUGUGCCAUCCAGCUCCCGCAAGCCCCGCAUGACAGAGGUUCACCUCCCUUCGCUGGUUUCCCCGGAAGGCCAGAAAGAUCUAGCUAGAGUGCAGAAGUCAGAAGAGAAGCGAGGGAAGCCGGAGGAAGAUGCUCCUGCCUCCAAAAGAGGGGAGCCAGCGAGGAUCAAAAUCUUCGAAGGAGGGUACAAAUCAAACGAAGAGUAUGUAUAUGUGCGAGGCCGCGGCCGAGGGAAAUAUGUUUGUGAGGAGUGUGGAAUUCGCUGCAAGAAGCCCAGCAUGCUGAAGAAACACAUCCGCACCCACACUGACGUCCGGCCCUAUGUGUGCAAGCACUGUCACUUUGCUUUUAAAACCAAAGGGAAUCUGACUAAGCACAUGAAGUCAAAGGCCCACAGCAAAAAGUGCCAAGAGACAGGGGUGCUGGAGGAGCUGGAAGCCGAAGAAGGAACCAGUGAUGACCCGUUCCAGGACUCAGAAGGGCGAGAGGGCUCAGAGGCCGUGGCGGAGCACCAGUUUUCAGACCUGGAGGACUCAGACUCGGACUCGGACCUGGACGAAGACGAGGAUGAGGACGAAGAGGAGAGCCAGGACGAGCCAUCGGGACCGGCCUCGGAGGCACCCCCGCCUGGCCCGCCAGCCACGCUGCCGGCAGACUCCUCACCCAUCCCGGGCCCUCAGCCCCCAGAUGCCACCUCUGGCGACCAGGCCACGCGGGGCAGCUCGGUCUUGGAAGCUGAGCGCUCGGCAGCUGGAAGUUGUUCCACGUCCAGCCAAAGCAUCCCGUGCCUCCCCCGGCUGGGACCAGCCCCUCCGGGCCCCGUGGAGAAGGACACAGGCUCGGCCCUGAGCUCCAAGGCUGUGUCCCCAAGAAGGCCGUGGUCCCCAAGCAAAGAAGCAGGCAGCCGCCCAGCACUCACCCACAAACACUCACUAACCAAAAGCGACUCGUCUCCCCAGCGACACCCACCGGCCGGAGAGCCACAGGCCUCAGCCCCGAGCCCGCCGGGCCCCCAGCCAGGCCCUCUCCCUUGUGGGUCUCCAAGACUCGAGCUGUCUCCUCUCACCCUCCGCCCCCUGGGAAGGGAACUGCCCCCUCGAGUGCAUCCACCCCCCGAGCGCAAGGGGGCCCCAGAUCCAGGCCCCCCCAGACAUUCACCCACCAGGAGACGGUCCCCGGGCCAGGCCGAAUCACCGCCACGGUCAGCGCUGCCAGGGAAGUGGGCCUUGGCUGGGCCGGGCAGCCCCUCAGCGGGCGAACGCGGCCCAGGCUCGGGGCUGGCCCCGCGGGCUCCCUACCCGCCCCUGCCUCUACCUCACAAGCUUCUUGGCAGAAGCCCCGAGACCUGCGCCUCUACGUGGCAGAAGGCCGCGUCCCGGAGUCCCUCCUGCUCACCUGGCCCUGCUCAUCCUCCCUCCUCCCGACCCUUCUCGGCCCCCCAUGACUUCCACGGCCACACCCCAGCCCGGACAGAGGAGAACAUCUUCAGCCACCUCCCUCUGCACUCCCAGCACUUGACCCGUGCCCCGUGCCCCCUGAUUCCCAUUGGCGGGAUCCAGAUGGUGCAGGCCCGGCCGGGGGCCCACCCCACCCUGCUGCCGGGGCCCACGGCCACCUGGGUCAGCGGCUUCUCGGGAGGUGGCAGCGACCUGACAGGGGCCCGGGAGGCCCAGGAGCGAGGCCGCUGGAGUCCCACCGAGAGCUCGUCAGCCUCCGUGUCCCCUGUGGCUAAGGUAUCCAAGUUCACACUCUCAUCGGAGCUGGAGGGCAGGGACUACCCCAAGGAGAGGGAGAGGACGAGUGGGGGCCUGGGCAGACCUCCUGACUGGGAGCCCCGAGUGGCUGAGGUGCCCGCAGAGCCCGUACCCACCCACAGCCCCCGCACCCCGCCCGAGGCCUCACCCCGGCUGUCCCACGGCCGCAGGCCAGAAUCCUGGAGCCCCCGCCUGGAGUCACCACGCACGCCGGCCAACCCCGCGGCCUCUGCCGCCUCGCCCCUGGACCGCAGCAGUUCGGUAGGCUGCCUGGCAGAGGCCUCCGCUGACUUCCCAGCCCGGAGGAGGAACCUCUCUGGGGAACCCAGGACCAGUCAGGGCUCCCCCGAGCCCUCAGGAAGUGGGGGGCCUGGGGCACCUCCACAUCAGCCCAAGGACAGGGGCCCCCCAAGCACUUAGUCUCUCUCCGACUGCUUCAGCAUCUGGCUUCCGGUGUUCAGCAACAGACGCUUCCAGCCAGCUUCCUCGAAUCAUCUCGCUCUCAUGGGCUCCCUUUCCCAUCUGUCCAUCUGUCCAAGCAGCUUCUCCUCAGUCCCCAACUGUUCUAUCUUCCCACGUAUGCAGUUACCUGUGCCUUUUCCUAUACCUUUUGUUGCUUGAAAAGAAACAAAACACACGCACACAUAAAAGAAAAAAAAAAAAAAACAAACCCACGAGGAGUCUGAGGCUGUGAAUAUGUUGUGCUUUUUUGAGAAAGGGUGUAGGUGGGGCCUCACCCUGGGCCACUGCGGUCUGCAGUCACCACCAGCCCUCCCCCCAGGCUGGCGAGAGGUAGCCAUUUGCUGAGGGAAAGGGGGAUGCACUGAAAGAGGAAAAAGAAAAAAGCGAGAAACUUUUACAAACAUAUAAUUAAAUGUAAAAGCAAGCACUCCCAUGUACAGAUGUUUAUGGUUCCUAUUUAUCGCCGCUUUGUUCCACCCCAGCUAGUGACCACUCUCACUGCCAGCAGAAGGGCCAGCAGCCCAAGGCAGAGGGACACAGGCAGGGGGACCCCACUCAGCCUCCACAGGCAGGCCCAGCAAACUCCAGCUUUCUUUUUCCCAGGAAAAAGAAAAAUGUUAACCUUUCCUAGGAUUUCAUCACAAGUGAUAGGAGCAGAUGGGAGGUGGGAGCUUGUUGGUUCCCUCCGGCCUCCCUGAUAUCCUGGUGGUCUGAGUCAUGGACCCAUCCUGGCAUCCUGACAAAUCCCCCCAGCCCCCCACCUGCCACCCCUCCCCUCUACCCCCUCCCCCCAGCCCCUAGGCGGCAAAAGGAGGCCUGACUGUUCAUCUCUUGGGUCCUGAACACCUGACUGAGGCCUUGCUUCAGGGACCCAGCUGCAGACUGCCUCCCUUAUUCUAGAAACUACCCACGAGGCUGAAGUGACAGGGCCCAACCCUUAGGGGUCAAGAUCCAAGGUGCAUUGCCUUGCCAUUCCUGAGGCUGGGACUUGGGUUUCAUUUCAUGUUUGGUCCCUGAGGUUCAAAGGGCCCUGUUUCGUCCAUGGCUGGGCUUUUCCAGUGCUCAGCACUGGAACUUUAUAGGGACCUGUUUCUAGACCUCUUUUCGGUAGAACUGGAUCCCACCCCUGUCCCCAUCUCCACCUCACCCACUGUAAGGCCUCCACUACUCCCAGGAAGUACCUAAAACCAUGACUGGUAGGAACUGCCCAGAGCUGUUUUUAAAUCUCUUUUAAAAAAUCACACACACACACACACACACACACAAAGACAGGAUGGUGUUUGGUACUUCUCCUAGCCUCCUCAGAUUCUCUUGCCCUAAAAGUGUCCUAAGCCCGUUGAAUUCGUCUCCAAUCAACCAGUACUAGUCUCCUCCCUCCUCCCCAUCUCCUCCUUCAAGAAGCCUCCCUGGACUUCCUGGAGCAAAAGCCUGCUUUGUAAGAAAAAUUAUAUGACCGGAAAUUAAAAUCCCACGUUGAAAUAUAGAAUUCUUGUUUACCCUGCCCUGGGAGAGUCAGGUUUUCUCCCAACCUUCCAGAAUUUAUUUUCUUUAGUUUCUACAAUGGGAAAUUGUAGAAUGGGAAAUUCUACAAUGGGACUCACUGACCAUUUCCCUGUCCUCAGCCAGCCAUGCGAAUCCUGAGCCUGGGGCCUCCUGAGCUGUUAAAGUGGUUUAGACAGGACACUGGUCGAGGCCAUAAUUCCCUCCUCUGCCAGUUCAGGGUCUUUCUCUGCUUGGCCUCUGCUGAGUAGACAAGCCAGACCCAGGUUCAGCUUCAGGCCACUGUCUUGUUUCCCUUAGGGCCUCUCUCAGAGCUAAGACACAAAGGGAACAAGAGGGAAGGGGCCCCCCUGGAGGUCUGCUGGGCUCCAGGGUACUGGGGUGAGGUUAGCCAGCCGUGCUCAGCUGCCUGGCCCAGAGUCCAGGGCUCCCGCCCAAACUGGGAGAAGGCCAGCAAGCCCAGCCUUGACCAUAUGGGUGCUAUUUUGGCCUCACAGGAAGCGGGAAGGUACCAGGGCCCGGUUAUAGCCCAGGCUUUCCUCACCCUUACCUCUCAGCCCUACCCAUGGAGACUUCUAGCACCGGGGCCUGGGAGCUGGGAGCCCAGGUUUGAAACCUUCCUGGGCAAGAUCUUCCAGCCUAGACUUACAAAGUAGUGGACAGGUGGCUCUGCUGGACGAGCCCCUGACCUUGGGGGUGGCCAUGCCCCUCCCCCCAGCCAUGCACCCCAGCUCUCCUGGGCAUCAUUUCCCCUAUUCUCAGACAGCGUGCCUACUGAGGUUGCCUUCCUGGGAGACCCAGUCACAGACAAUGUGGCCAGCAGGUGAGAGGCAUCGAAGCCACUCAGGCCCACAGGCACAGGCGGAGGGGACAGGGACCAGGACACCAGAGAUCUAUUUCUCAAUAACAGGGACACAAUGCACAAACAGAAUCUGGCCAAAGGGCUGCUGCCCCACACAGCUCCCCAGAGGGAUGGAAUCGAUGCCACCAGCCCGGGACCUAUGUCACCGGGCACAGUGCUAACCCCUUCUGCCAGACUCUAUCCCUGUUCCCCCGAGCACAGAGACCCCAACACACACACACACACACACACACACGCACACCUCCAUAAUUCUGGAAAAAGACUCUCACUCCAUGCCCUCCACGGGGCCCCCUGUCCACUCCCAACCACUUCCACAUUUGCAGUUUGCCUGUGAGGCUGCCGCCCCUGUUCAGGGAGGCAGAACAGAAAGAGGUGCUGAUUGGUUGCCACAGACACCUGCUGAUGCUCUGCCAAAAUGUGCCAGGCGGCCAUUCCUUGGUACGGGCCCACUCUGGUCCUUGGGUGCCAGUGGUGUGGCAGGAACCAAACUGCACAGGAUCCAGAGCCGGCCCUCACCUUCUGUUGUGGACUCCAGAACACUCAGCUCCCAGGCCUCCCCUCCAGGAUGCCCUUCACCCUCGGCAAGUUCAGGAUCAUUCUGGGUACUAACCUUGUUCCCCUCCGAGGCACCUUGCCCCAGCGCACCCCCCCACCCGCGACCCCCUCCCGGCCUUCCACCCUUGGCUUCUCCUCUAGCCCAACCAGGACGCUGACAGCAGAAAAGCAUCCACUCUCCCUUUUCUAUCACCUCCAUCCUCCAGACCCCAGAAGUCCCUCUGCCUCUCUCUGGGAAAACAUCGGAAAGAAUUAGCUUCCAGAUCCCUGUAGCCCCUGCUCCGUUCUCACCCUGCACUUCUGAAUAGGAACCAGCAAUAUAUCUGAGCUGAACUGCUCUCCAGCCCUUUCUCCAGAAAAAAAAAAAAAUCCUUCUUAAAGCAAAAAGUCCUGCCUUGGAGACAGAUCUGCAGCACUGACCAAGGGGAGAAAGUUCCCAAAGACCUGUCCCUACAAAUUCUGCUUCCGUGUUGUGGCUCCAGUCUGCUUUCCAUUAGAAAACCGCUUCGGCACUUAUGAUCACUUUACUAAACCUAGUGUUUAAAAAAAAGAAGAAGAAGAGAAAAGAAACAAAAAAGAAAGGUGUAGGCAAAUGUAAGAUACAUGAUUUCUGUAAGAUAAAUAUUUGCCUUUUUUUUUUCUAAAAGGUGUAUGUAUUCUGUAUGUGAAAUUGUCUGUAGAGAGUUUCUAUGUUCUUAAAUGGCAAUACAUUCCAAAAAAUCGUACUGUAGAUAUGCACAGCGGCCACACUGGGAUGGGGUAGUUUUGCCUGUAAUUUUAUUUAAACUCCGGUUUCUACCCUUGCAUCUUGCAACGUCAGUAUGGUAUAUAACAGUGCAAAAGAAAAAAAAAAACUCAAAAAAAUCCAUGCAGGUCUAAAGCACAGAGUCUGAUGUACAAAAGGAAAAAAAAAAUGCUCAGUAUUGAUGUGUGUGACCUUUGUUGUAAAUUACAUCUGUACUGUGAAUGAGAAGUUUUUACAAGUAUAAUAAUUGCCUUUAUUACAGCUCUGGCUGAGUGUUCAGCCUGAGGAUAUUUUUUAAAAAAAACACACAGCACGUU